AUGGAGGACGCUAUUUGUAGUGAAAAUUUAGGAUAUGAGAAUUUUAAAGAUUUAUGGUACUGUUUAGGAGGGGGUUUAGUGUUGGAAAAUAGGUUGGAACAAUUGAUUGAUGACAGAGGUGCCAUGCAUAUGGCUAACUUAGCUAGGCUUAAUGUUGAAGUUCAUUUAUACGUUGUCCAUGUAGUUUCUGAUCCCGAAGUCAUUCAUAUGCUUGAAGACAUUACUAAUGAUGAAGGAGAAGUCGAAGAGGUGAAUGUUUGUGAAGAAGAUGGUGACGGUGUUGAAGUAAAUGGUGUAGUUGAUGGUGACUUACAAGAGGUGAAUGUUUGUGAAGAAGAUGGUGACGGUGUUGAAGUAAAUGGUGUAGUUGAUGGUGACUUACAAGAGGUGAAUGUUUGUGAAGAAGAUGGUGACGGUGUUGAAGUAAAUGGUGUAGUUGAUGGUGACUUAGAAGAGGUUGAAGGUCAUGGUCACGUACAAGAGUUGCAUGAGGUUGAAGAAGAGCAAGAGUUGAAUGUGUGUGAAGGAGUUGUGGAGGAUGAAGUUUAUCUUUGUAGUUGGAGUACAUCUACUGAAGAAGGUGAUGUACAUGGAAAUAAUGAGUGCUUAGAGGGCCUAGUAGAUGUGAGUGUUGAAUGUGAUAUAGAUGGUGAUGUAGAUGGUAAUGUCGAAGUAGAAGUAGAAGUAGAAAGUCUUUAUGACAGUGAUGAUGACCGUGAUAAUGUCAGUGUUGAAUGUCAUGAUCAUGACGAUAGAGGAUUGUCAGAUUUUGAGUGGAAAUCUGAGGAAUUUCUUAGUGCAACAGAUAGUGAUGAAGAGGUUAAUGACAGUGAAGGUUAUGGGAGGUUUGGUAUUUUUUGUAUGCCAAAAAGUAUGGUAGACUUUACAUGGGAAGUUGAGACUUUUUUUGCAGAAAAGCAAGAUAUUUUAGAUGCUCUAAAAGGGUAUGCCUUGGAAAAUGGGAGGAAUAUAAAGUUUGUAAAAAAUGACAAAAGAAGAUUGAGGAUGAAGUGCUUUGGUGCAAAAGGAGAAUGCCCAUGGACCAUAUACUUUGGUUAUAUGGAGGCUGUAAAAUCACGGCAGCUGAGAACUAAAAAAGACAUUCAUACAUGCAGUAGAGAGUUCAACCUGAAGUUAGUUGACGCCAAGUGGUUGAGCAAAAAGUUGGUGAAAACAGUUAAGGAAAAUCCUAAGAUGAAGGGUGUUGAUAUUCGUGAAAAAGUUCAAAGGAAGUGGAACAUAGGUAUAUCAAGGUGUAUGGCUUAUAGAGCCAAAGCUAUUGCUUCUAAUCAAAUUGAUGGGUCCUUUAAUGAACAAUAUAAGAGGAUACAUGAUUAUGCGCAUGAGUUGUUGGAAAGAAAUUCAGGAUCUACAGUUAAGGUCCAUGUUGAGAAUAAUGAGGGUGAGUUAAUUUUCAACAGAUUUUACUGUUGUCUGAAGGCAUGCAAAGACAGUUUUGUCUGCUGUAGGUCAAUAAUUGGAUUAGAUGGAGCCUUUUUGAAAGGGAAGUAUGGUGGUGAGCUCUUGACGGCUGUUGGGAGGGAUGGAAAUGAUCAAAUGUUGCCCAUUGCAUAUGCGGGUCUACUACCAGCCAUACAACAGUUACUCCCAGGUGUUGACCAGAGAUUUUGUGUCAGACACUUAUAUUCAAACUUUAGGAAAAAGUUUCCUGGUAAAAAUCUGAAACAGCUGAUGUGGAGGGCAGCUACUGCCACUCAUCCACAAAACUGGGAAAGGGAGAUGAGAAACAUUAAAGAUAUAAAUGAAAACGCAUUCAAGCAUUUGAUUGUCAUCCCUCCAAGAUAUUGGUCAAGGUCCAGAUUCAGUCCAACACCAAAAUGUGACACAUUGGUCAACAAUAUGAGUGAGGCUUUCAACAGUGUCUUGGUUCACACCAGGACUAAACCAAUCAUAACAAUGCUGGAAGAAAUUAGGGUAUACAUAAUGCAAAGAUGGGCAAAAAACAGGUCUAAGAUACAAUCAUUUUUAGGACCAAUUUGUCCAAAGAUCCAGGCCAGAUUUACAAACGAAUCCCAAGCAACCAAGAACUGGAUACCUAGCUGGUCAGCACACAAACUCUUUGAAGUAAGACACGUCUCCCAAAGUGGAGAAAAAAUUGUUGUAAACAUAGACGAGUUCUCAUGCUCGUGCAGGAGAUGGAGCAUCACAGGAAUUCCAUGUUGUCACUCCCUAGCCGCAAUGAAGUUUCUUAAUAUUGAUGGCCAGCAGUUCAUUCCGGCUUGCUUUCUAAAGUCCACCUAUGAAGAAACUCAUGCAUCAAUCGUAUAUCCCAUCAACGGAAACAACAUGUGGGACCUAACACCAUAUCCGGAUGUCAUGCCUCCUAGGAAAAAGGUUAUGCCUGGAAGACCUAAAAGGAAAAGAAGACUGGAGCAGUGGGAGAUCAGAAAGGAUGAUUCACGAGUGAGCAAGGGUGGUUUGCGGAAGAGAUGCGGGCUAUGUAGGGAGGUUGGGCACAACAGGAGUCGUUGCCCUAAAGCAACCCAAGAACCAAUCAUGCCAUCAUCACAGUUAUUUGAAGUGUGUAUGAAUGACCAGGAAGCUCAACUAUAG